ACCGCGGCCCCUUCUAUUCCUCAAAGCAGCUACAGUCGCAAUUUAAAGAUAGAAGUGCAGCGACAUGACUACACCGCCAUUGCCCCCAGCAGCAAAAGCCAUGAACUUCGUAGGAGCUGCUGCAGUGGGCGCUCAGAAAACGGUGCUAAUAACGGGGGUGAGCAGAGGUCUCGGCAAAGCCCUAGCACUAGAACUGGCCAAGCGCGGCCACACUGUAAUCGGCUGCUCCCGCUCUCAGGAUAAGCUAUCCGCACUCCAGUCGGAGCUAUCCUCUGCGUCAGCCUCCUCCGCGUCUUCCGAUGCCAGCAAGAGUACGAAUGAACACCUUGUCAUGAAUGUAGAUGUGAGGUCUAAUAGCAGCGUCGAAGAGUUGGCACGCUCAGUGGUGGAAAAGAAGGCCUUUCCUGAUAUUAUAGUGAACAAUGCUGGCACAAUAAAUAGGAAUAAUAGGAUAUGGGAAGUUCCAAUAGAUGAAUUUGAUGCUGUCAUUGAUACUAAUAUCAAGGGUAUAGCAAAUAUGUUGCGUCACUUCAUUCCCCUUAUGAUCGAGAAGAAGCAAGGGAUAAUUGUGAACGUGUCAUCUGGAUGGGGAAGAUCUGCUGCUGCCCAGGUAGCACCAUAUUGUGCUUCAAAAUGGGCAGUGGAGGGUUUGACAAGGGCAGCAGCAAAGGAGUUACCCCCUGGAAUGGCAAUUGUUGCGCUUAAUCCUGGGGUAAUAAACACUGAAAUGCUUCAAUCAUGUUUUGGCAGUUCAGCUGCUCUGUAUCAAACUCCAGAUUCAUGGGCUCCAAAUGCAGCUACAAUGAUUCUUAAUCUUACAUCGGCGGACAAUGGGGCGUCCCUCACUGUAUAAUAUAUGACAUGCACACAUUCACAGCUGCAGAUUCAUUGACAUGAGGAGCUUUCUGCACAUUAGAUGAUAAUCCUUCUUGCUGUUUAACAGUUGUCAAUUGUUGUCAUGUUGACAUGAGGAGCUUUCUGCACAUUAUAUAAUAAUUAGCUUUCUGCACAUUAGAUGAUAAUCCUUCUUGCUGUUUAAAAAUUGUCAAUUGUUGUCA